GUCAUCGUCGUGAUCCAUGGCACCACCGCUUUGCCUUCGCACACCGUGCCCGGCCGCAUUCCUGCCCAUGCCCCAUCAGGCCAUCACAACGGUCGAUCCCUUCCCAUUGAAACGUGCACGCAUCGUCCGUUCCGCAGGGAGUAACAACCAACGACACCUGCGACCUACCUCUCUUUCCCUGCUCUGCUUCCUCCAACUCCAAGUCCAAGAAGCCUCCAUCCAACUCUCUGUCUCUGCAACGCCACAGCCGGAGGCAACCAUGGAUCAGCAGCACCAGCAAGGGCUCGACGCGGCGGCGGCUAGGCGGAUGGCCACGCUCGCCUCACACCUGCGCCCGCACCCUGCCUCUCCCCCUCAGGUGGAGGAUGUUCCCCUCCUGAGGGGUUCCAAUUGCCGCGCAAAAGGGGCGGCGCCGGGCUUCAAAGUCGCGAUCUUGGGCGCAGCAGGUGGGAUCGGGCAGCCACUCGCGCUAUUGAUGAAGAUAAACCCUCUUGUUUCGGUGCUCCAUCUAUAUGAUGUCGUCAACACACCUGGUGUCACAGCUGACAUCAGCCACAUGAGCACUGGUGCUGUGGUACGUGGCUUCUUGGGCCAGCCACAGUUGGAAAAUGCCCUGACCGGAAUGGAUCUUGUAAUAAUUCCGGCUGGUGUCCCUCGGAAACCUGGGAUGACAAGGGAUGAUUUGUUCAACAUAAAUGCUGGAAUAGUCCGUACCCUGUGUGAAGGAAUUGCAAAAUGCUGCCCAAAUGCAAUUGUGAAUGUGAUCAGUAAUCCUGUCAACUCUACUGUUCCGAUUGCUGCUGAAGUUUUCAAGAAAGCUGGAACUUAUGACCCUAAGCGUCUUUUGGGUGUGACCACACUUGAUGUAGUGAGAGCAAAUACUUUUGUGGGAGAGGUUCUUGGACUUGACCCCAGAGAAGUAAAUGUUCCAGUUAUCGGUGGGCAUGCAGGAAUUACGAUACUGCCACUCCUUUCACAGGUGAAUCCUUCCUGCUCAUUCACGUCAGAAGAGGUUAAAUACCUCACUUCUCGCAUACAGAAUGGUGGCACAGAAGUAGUCGAGGCUAAAGCUGGAGCAGGAUCAGCAACUCUUUCAAUGGCCUAUGCAGCUGCCAAAUUUGCAGAUGCUUGCCUGAGAGGAUUGCGUGGUGAUGCUGGGAUAGUAGAGUGCUCUUAUGUAGCUUCUCAGGUCACAGAGCUGCCUUUCUUUGCAUCCAAAGUGCGGUUAGGGCGAUGUGGCAUUGAGGAGAUCCUACCACUUGGGCCAUUAAAUGAGUUUGAGAGAGCUGGUCUGGAGAAGGCAAAGAAAGAACUGGCCGAGAGUAUCCAGAAGGGUGUCUCUUUCAUCAACAAGUGAGGCGGGCCAGCCCAACAUAGAAAUAGAUGUGGCGUGUUUUGGCUUCCUGAGAACUCUUAUCUCUUGUUAUCUCAUUGUAAAACUGUGUACAUGGCACGAAUAAUCUACAUAGGCGGCUGUACACUAAAAAAAUAUAAAUAUGUGGCCGCUAAAAAAGGAAAUAGAAAAAUCUGGUAAUAAAAGUUGCUUCUGAACAAAUGGGGUUCUGAAGUCUGAAUUGCCCCAGUGUACGGGAUCAGAUGUACUGUAUGGUAUUAGAUAAUACAUUUGCAGUCUCGAUGCAGAGCAAGGUUGCAUUGCAGCUGAGAUGCCAAUGGAACUGUGUAGAAAUCACCACUGAGAUUGUGUCCUUCAUUAUGUUGUUUAGUCACAUAAAUCCAUGACGGGAUUUGUGCAUGAUGAGUUAACUUGUACGGUCUUCAGUUAUAUUGUUC